AUGUCCAACGAAGAAAAGAAAGAGUUUGAAUUUAUAGAACGGCCAGGCUCCCCAAAUAAACGUCCUCAAGGUUCUCGUCCAAGUUCUCGUUCAAUAAAGAUGUGGGUCCUGUUUGAGGGCGACGAAGAUGCCGAGAAGUUUGUUUUUAAAGAUGAUGAUUUUGCAAAUAUGGAUGAGUUUUCAAAAGCGGAUUUGGAUGACUUUAAGAAAGUUCUUCGCGAGCAUUAUCCUUUUCUCAAGAGUAUUGAAAAUAAACUGAUUGCGCUUUUUGAUGAAAGUCUCGAACGUCUUGAUCCAAGAACCAACCUUAAUUCCCUAGAUGUUGGCAAAGAUUCAGACACAACAAUAAUUGUUCGCUACCCGUUGUCCCGUUUGAGCAUCAAAGUGAAUCUUAGGUUUGUGAAUAACAAAAAGGAAGUGUGUAAGAUCAAGCAUACAACUGGUUCAUUCAAUAUGUUGCAAGUUGAGGCUAAAUCAAAGUUUGAGAGUUUAGCUGAUUGUAAACUGAACGACAUUUAUUUUGAACAUCAAGAGGAAGAAAUAGAAAAUGCGUAUCAUUUUGAACUUCUAGUUGAGAAAUUUAAAGAAGAGGGCAAAAAUGAACUUAGUUUAGAUCUAAAGGUUCUAAUCAGGAACCGAAAAUCUUUUGGCGAUUGGAAGCUCGAGGAAGUUUUGAAAAAUAUUUACAAUUAUAAAAGCAGUAUGCUUGAAUUGGUGUCAGAUGAUUUCAAUUUGGAGGAUCUCCCCCAAUUAUCUCCAACACUUAGCGAUGAAAAACUGAACACGAUUGUCGAGCAACUUAAAGUUAAGGAAUCUGUGUUUGAUAACACUAAUACUAAUGAAGCUACAGCCCGAGAGUUUAUUUCGGUCAUUUUGGUCAAUGCAAUCUAUUUUUUCAAAAAAAAUAUUGAUAAUACAGCAACGUUAAUGGUGGAAAGACAACUUUUAGGAAGUCACGGUUACGGACCUUUGGACUUUGUAGUAAUGAUACAAAAAUUUUUUCUCUUAAUAACGGAGGCCAAACCGAACGAACCCGGGAAGGGCAUCGCCCAAAAUCUGGCACAAAUAGAUAGUGCGUACGAGAUGUUAGAAAAACGAAAAUUUGGCCAAGCAGAUAUUGAAUACGAAUCCAUGGAAACAAUGCCAAUAAUUGGCAUCGUAACAACUGGAAGACAGUGGAUUUUCAUCCGCCAUACUUGUCACGCUGGAUCCAGACGACUUGAGGUGUCUAAAACAAUUGAAUGUAAACUUACAGGAAAUAAUGUGAAAGAUGAUAUAAAUGUAGUAGUUUCUUAUGUUAUUCGACUGUUAAAAGCACUAGUUGGAGAAUUAGAGCAACGAAAAUCAAAACGUUCACGUAUGGGUUAG